AUAAUAUAACUGCCAUUACCGCAACUUACACAUCGUCAUAUUCCUAAUUCUAUCGUAUCUAGUAAUUAGUAGCCGGAAAUAUACCACGAUAUCAUGGCUGCGCCUUUGACCGCGGAGGAGGAGACCCGUUACACGGAAAUCAUCGACGGGAUCCUGGCCACGGCAGAUCUCGAGACCGUCACGCGCAAGAAGAUCCGCAUGGGCCUCGAGGCUGCUCUGGGCGGAAAAGACCUGAGCGAUCAAAAGCACGCCAUCAAGGCUCUCAUCGAAGAGCGCUUCGACGCCAUCUCUUCCGCCGCGCCGCCGCCCUCCUCGGCAAUUCCUCAGCCCGAAUCGGCUUCUCCGCGCCCGUCGCCCAAGCGGCAGGCCAACGGCUUCGACGAGAGUAGCCACGACGUCGAGGACGACGCUAACGGAGACGAGAUCAAGGUAUCGGUGCAACCGCCGAAGAAGAAGCAGCGCAAAGAGAAGAGCGAAGACACCGAAGACGCCGACGCCAAAUUGGCGGCUCUCCUACAGGCCCAGGAAAAUCAGCGAACUCGGGCAACCCGCGGAGGCGGAAAGCCCAAGGCGCCCGCGAAGAAGAAGAAAAAGGCGACGCCUCGAAAGAAGAGCGACAAGAAGGUCGGCGCCGAGGACGACAGCGACGUGGAGGGAAGCGAGGAGUCGAAUAACAAGCCGCGAAAGGCCGGCGGAGGCUUCCAGAAGCCUUUUAAUCUCAGCUACCCGCUCGCAGAGUUAUGCGGGGAGCCACAGCUAUCCCGACCGCAAGUCGUCAAGAAAUUGUGGGAGCACAUCAAGGGCAACCAACUACAAGACCCCAACGACAAAAGACAGAUUCGCUGCGACGAGAGGAUGCAGGCAGUUUUCAAGCAGGCGAAGGUCGACAUGUUCCAGAUGAACAAGCUGGUGGGAAACCAUCUUUAUCCCGUCGACGAGGAGUAGUCGACGGGGCGGGGAGAUCGUUCCUCGGUCUACGCCUUCCGAGGCGGUCCAAGGGGAUGUAGGGGGGGUACGUUGUAUCUACUUGGGAAACGGUUGCUAGGUAUGGGCGGGUUUGGCGGCUGCAUAUUCACGUAGGCGUAAGAUGCUUUGCGGGUAAUCUCCUUCGCUGCCGGACUCGUACGUUAUCAGGGAGGAUUUUGUCUGAGACUACUAGAAGUCUCCGCGACGGUACAAGAUUGGUUUGCGGGAGAGAAGGCGCAGAAACUUGACCAACCUACCUAAGGCGCUUGAGGGAAAGCUCGCUUUCCAAGGUAAUGUCUUAGAUUAGGUAACUCAAUACGACUGAAUUCAAUAACGACAUAUAUACUAUAUUGCAGUUUAGAUUGGCAAUGUUCGUGUUCCGCGGUGGUCAGCAGAUUGGGAAUUCGGCGAGCUAAAUAUCGUGGAUAGCUUCAUCACUACGGGAUAGCGGGAGUGGACGGAAUUUAGUAGCCUAUACCCUAUGUAUGGUGGUUCAUUCAUUGCUACGUGUACCUAGCAGCCUAGGUAUGUUACAAUCUUGUCUUGUAAUAUGACAUUAUGACAUUCCCUGCGCU